CUGUAGAUUCAUCUUCUAUUCUCAAGUCAAAAAUGAAUGGAUAAUAGAAACUUCUGUAGCAUUAUGAAACAUUUCUAUUUUCAUGGGUAUGAUUGGUGUGACUAAUAUACUUUUACCUGAAACAGGUAUGACAGAAAGACAUGCACAGUUUCAGAGAGAAAAUGUCUUACUUGCGAAGCUGGAUUUAAAAGCAUAGCAUGAGAAGGAAAACCAGAUGCAAUAUGACAGCAUCUUGACGAUUUGUCAUUUUUAAAGACAAAAUAGUUUAAUUUGGGAUGCAACUGAAUUAACAUUUUAAGAUCUUCUGACCUUGUUGGAGCUAUUACCAAAUAAUAGAAGAACUGCAACAUUCUAAGGAAGAAAAGUGUUAAAAUGGACAUAACACAGUGUCGAACCAUGUUAAAUGUGAAUCUCUAUGCAGGCAAGAAACGGAGUCGACCAAGGCUCAAAAGGAGACCAAUUCUUCUGGAGGGAGUAAAGACCAACCCAUCCAAGCGACACAGAGACCGGAUGAACACAGAGCUGGAAAAACUGGCCAGCCUUCUGCCUUUCAAUGAAAACAUUAUUAACAAAUUGGAUAAACUCUCUAUCUUGAGACUGAGUGUCAGCUACCUGAGACUGAAGAACUUUUUUGGAGUUGCUGCUCAAAAGCAAAGAACACUUAAUCCUAAACCCUUAUGUCUAACUGCCAGUGGUAGCAACACCCAUGAAAACUAUCAGUGUCUACCUGCCAGUGGAUAUAAUGCUCCCCAAAGCCAUCACGAAGUAUCAGAUCCAGUUUUACAUGUACCAGAAGGAGAGUUAUUGUUGCAGGCACUGAAUGGAUUUAUACUGGUGGUCACAGCAAGUGGUAUUAUAUUCUACAUCUCCAGCACAGUCAAAGAUUACCUGGGAUUUCAUCAGUCUGAUUUGAUCAAUCAGAGUGUGUUUGAUCUCAUCCAUAUGGAAGACAGAGAGGAGUUUCGAAGACAGCUUCACUGGGCCCUGAACCCAGGGUCUGCUAUGACAGAAGAGCAAAAAACAUCAUCAAAUAAUAUAUGUACAAAUGGAACAGCCUUUUGGUAUUGGCCAGAACACUUGCCACCGGAAAAUUCCUGCUUCUUGGACAGAAAUUUCUUGUGUCGGUUCCGAUGCCUCCUGGACAUGUCUUCUGGAUUUCUGGUUCUGAAUUUUCAAGGCAAGCUGAAAUUCUUGCAUGGGCAGAAUGAGAUGACAGAGAGGGGUGUCCUGCUACCACCUCAACUGGCACUUUUUGCUAUUGCUCUUCCAGUCCAGCCACCAGCCAUUGUGGAAAUUUGCACCAGGACUCAGCUGUUUAGAACCAGGCACAAAAUGGACUUCACACCCAUGGGUGUUGACUCAAAUGGAAAGAUGGUACUUGGAUGGACCGAGAUGGAACUUAAAAUGCGUUCUGGAUAUCAGUUUGUUCAUGUUGAGGACUUGAUGUACUGUGCUGGAAACCAUUUUAGGAUGCUGAAGACUGGCGAUAGUGGGGCAACAAACUUCAGACUUCUUAGCAAGCACAAUCACUGGAUUUGGGUUCAAGCCCAUGCGAGAGUUGUAUAUAAAGAUGGACAGCCUGACUAUAUCAUUGCAACACAACGUGCACUAACAGAUGUGGAAGGAGAAGAAUUCCUUCAGAAGAGACUGAUGCAUAAGCAAUUCCUUCUCUCCUCUGAGGCAACGCUUUAUGAUGGAUGCUCUGUUCAGUCAUCAUUGGUCUGUGCCCCACAGAAAAUCAUGACAGAAAAAGGCAAGGAAGAGUCUCGUCUGAGUCCAUAUGAUCACGGUGCCCCUCAAGUAGCCAGGAUGAACCAGGGUGAAAAAGAAUUUGAGACAUUUUCCUCUGACAUUCUAACUAUUUCAGCACCAAACCCUUUCCUUAAUAGGGGAUAUUAUGAAGAUACACAGCCAGAUGACAUUGGUGAGGUGAUGGAGACCAUGAGGCAAAUUGUCCAGUUUCCUGAUAACAGCAGCCUAACUACAGAAAGCAGCUUGGACUGUGAAAUUCUGGAGAUGUUGAAAAAAUAUGGGCUGUGCAAUGAGGACAUGGAGUUUUUUCAAGAAAAUGAAAUGGAAGUCAAUAUGAAUGACUCCUUGUUCCCUGAAGAAAUGUUGUCCAAAGUUGAUUCACUGGCACUGUCUUCACACCCAUCCUGUAGCACCUUAAGUUCAGGUAACCAGCAGCACCAUAUCCACUCUUGUAAAUCGGAUGCUACUCAAAAUAAGAGAUCUGGAUCAGUGCAAGCCAGAAGACUCAAGUGGAACUGUAAACAAGAAGUAUCUGAAAACUCAACAGGACUUCAUGGCCAGUUUUUAGGUCAAGAGUCAAACAAACAUGAAAAUCAAUGUUUUUCUCUCGACUUCAGCCAGUUACCUGAACAGCAGGAUUAUCAAUACAUGAGUUCUUGCAUGUUUAGACCCCAAACCUUACUGGAUCAGCAGUCUUUUGGUGUGAUCAAUGCAGAUAAGCAUUGGCACACUCCUUGUAGGACUGGGCAGGACAGCACUUUGAAAAGACAGCCUUUACCAAGUGACACAUCAUCCAUUCACUGCAGCAGUUGGGGCUUGCAAUUCAUGCCUGAGCAGAGUGGGGUACCUGUAGUGGGGCUGAUGAGUCCUGCAGUUACAUCUGCUCCAUUACUGAAUGAACAAGCAAUUCUGAAUUCUGGUGACAUAAAGGAGCAGAAACAAUUCAUGUACCAGACAUCUUGGGCACAUGUAAACUCUUCAUCAGGUAUUAUUAAGCCAUGCUUGUCAGUGUCCAAUGGAAACCCUCAGGAGUCAGAAAGCUCAUCCACAUUCCUCUCAACAGGUGUAAGGACACUUUUGUCACCUGACUAUGGCCACAACUUGUGCCAGCACUUCUCCUGGGGCAGUGUUCAGUGACCCAACAUCUGUUCCUAUUCAAAACCCUUCAGUUAGAUCUGGCUGACCUUACCUGAAGAAAAUGUGGAGCCAAUUUAUAUGCAGUCAGUACAUUCUGUAAAACAUGGUUUAAUGAAGGCAUAAAAAGACAACGUUGGACUUGUUUCUGAAAACUGUUCUGCGAAUAAUCAUAAUAUAAGAAUGAUGCUGAAUUUGUUAAACCACAUUUUCAUUUUGAACUGACCAAGUGAGAACUCCUGAAGUGUGGGGUGUGCUUUUACCAUUCCUAUUGCAAUUUUGCUGCUUUAUACCAGAGCAAAAAUGAAAUGGCAUCAGGCAUACACUGGUAUUGUUGUUUGUAUACUGGCAACUUUUGUUACUCUUCAGCUCGUAGAAAAGAAGUAAAAGCUGACGUCAGCUUUCUGGUGUAUUUUACACUAUCUUAGGUUGUAAUUUGGAGAGCAAAUGUGUGCAGCUUGACUGUUUUUCUUGCUGAACAAGAGCCACAUUGUUCCUUUCUAAUUGUAGAGUCGAAGGAAUACACAGUAUGUCUUUCCACUCAAUGUUUAGUACUGUGGAACUUGUGCCAUGGUCUGCUUUGAAUUCAGAUAGUUGCUCUACUUGUAUUUUCCAAGAUACUGGUAGUUUUUGCCUUGUAAUGUGAUGCGACCUGCCAUUAAAAGAGUGUGUUUUCAUGUUUAAAAGUUUCAUUUGGUUAUAAAGAUUGUU